UCACGUGACCCCAUCCGGACGUGACCCCGAGUGAGUGAAACGUCGCCCGGUGUCCGUUGAGCGGAGCGCGGCUGUCCCGUGUUCGCUGUGAACGAGCGCUUCGAACCCCUCAGACUUCACGCACGAGAGUCCGUUCGCGUUCAGCGGCUGUCGGUUUAACGCUCUCGUCUACAGCUACAAAGCCCUGUGUUCAGCAGGAUGAGUUCAGACGGAGGCGGGAGGCCCGUGAAGGUGGGCUCGCUAGUGGAGGUCAUCGGGAAGGGCCAGCGCGGGACCGUGGCGUACAUCGGCGCCACCCUGUUCGCCUCGGGGAAGUGGGUGGGUGUGAUUCUGGACGAACCCAAGGGGAAGAACGACGGCACGGUGCAGGGCAAACGCUACUUCACCUGCGAGGAGAAUCAUGGGAUAUUCGUCAGACAGUCUCAGAUUCAGCUCAUGGAUGAGGGAGGCAGCUCUGCCACGUCUCCAGAAACACCGGACUCAGGGGUGGCCAAGCUGCUCAAGAAAGAAGUCCAGGAGACACCAAAAUCUGUUAAGCAGACAACAACAGCAAAGAAGCUUCCCAUGCGCCGUAGUACCAAGUGGCACACACCCAGACGUCUGUCCGGUUCCAGCUCCCUCCCCUCUCUCAUCAUGGCGGGUCGUCCAUCGGUCGGAGGGUCAGGACUUUCAGAGUCCGUGUUAGCAGAGAAUGAGUCCACAGCGUCUCCCCAGAUUGCACUGGGAGCUCCUGUCAUACCGCAGCCCAGCGGCACACCCAGCGCUCCUCCUCCUGCCACCCCGAGCAAGGAGGAGGAGAGUCUCCGAGCUCAAGUGAAGGAUCUGGAGGAGAAGUUGGAGACGCUGCGGAUGAAGCGCUCGGAGGAUAAAGCCAAGCUGAAGGAGAUGGAGAAGCACAAGAUCCAGCUGGAGCAGCUGCAGGAGUGGAAGAGCAAGAUGCAGGAGCAGCAGAACGAGCUGCAGAAGCAGCUCAAAGAGGCCAAGAAGGAGGCGCGCGAGGCUCUGGAGGCCAAAGACCGGUACAUGGAGGAGAUGGCCGACACGGCGGACGCCAUCGAGAUGGCCACGCUGGACAAAGAGAUGGCAGAGGAGCGGGCCGAGUCCAUGCAGCAGGAGGUGGAGAGCCUGAAGGAGAAGGUGGAGGAGCUGACCAUGGACCUGGAGAUCCUCAAACACGAGAUCGAGGAGAAGGGCUCGGACGGAGCAGCGUCCAGUUACCACGUCAAGCAGCUGGAGGAGCAGAACGGACGUCUGAAGGAGGCUCUGGUCAGGAUGAGGGAUCUGUCGUCGUCAGAGAAGCAGGAGCACGUGAAGCUUCAGAAGCAGAUGGAGAAGAAGAACUCUGAGCUGGAGACUCUGAGAGCGCAGAAGGAGAAACUGCAGGAAGAGAUGAAGCAGGCCGAAGCCACAAUAGACGAGCUCAAGGAACAGGUGGACGCGUCUUUAGGAGCUGAGGAGAUGGUGGAGACCCUGACGGAGAGAAAUUUAGACCUGGAAGAGAAAGUGCGAGAGCUCAGAGAGACCGUCAGUGACCUGGAAGCGAUAAACGAGAUGAACGACGAGCUACAGGAGAACGCUCGUGAGACGGAGCUGGAGCUGCGCGAGCAGCUGGAUCUGGCCGGAGCUCGAGUCCGAGAGGCUCAGAAGAGAGUGGAAGCAGCACAGGAGACGGUGGCAGACUAUCAGCAGACCAUCAGCAAAUACAGAGAGCUCACCACUCACCUGCAGGAAGUGAACCGUGAGCUGACCAAUCAGCAGAGCAGCUCGGCCGAGCAGCUGCAGCAGCCGACCACCGAACUCUUUGACUUCAAGAUCAAGUUUGCUGAGACCAAAGCUUAUGCUAAGGCCAUCGAGAUGGAGCUCCGCAAGAUGGAGGUGAAUCAAGCGAACCGUCAGGUGUCUCUGCUGAUGUCCUUCAUGCCUGAGUCCUUCCUGAGACACGGAGGAGAUCACGACUGCAUCCUCGUGCUGCUGCUCAUCCCCAGACUCAUCUGCAAGGCGGAGCUGAUCAGCAGACAGGCGCAGGAGAAGUUCGAUCUGAGCGGCGGGGAGCGCUCUGGACUGCGUGGAGCCGCCGGAGAGCAGCUGAGCUUCGCGUCCGGUCUGGUUUAUUCUCUGACGCUGCUGCAGGCCACGCUGCACAAAUAUGAGCUGGCUCUGAGUCAGUGCGGGGUGGAGGUGUACAAGCGCAUGGGGACGCUGUACUCUGAGAUGAGCGUUCACGAGCGCUCGCUGGACUUCCUCAUCGAUCUGCUUCAUAAAGAUCAGCUGGACGAGACGGUGCAGGUGGAGCCGCUCACCAAAGCCAUCAAAUACUACCAGCAACUGUACAGCGUCCAUCUGUCGGAUCAGCCCGAGGACUGCAGCAUGCAGCUGGCCGAUCACAUCAAGUUCACCCAGAGUGCUCUGGACUGCAUGGGGUCAGAGGUUGGCCGUCUGCGGGCCUUCAUGCAGGCGGGACAGGAAGGGGCGGAGCUCUCUGUGCUCCUGAAGGACAUGGACACUUCCUGUGGAGACAUUCGCCAGUUCUGUAAGAAGAUCCGCAGGAGGAUGCCGGGAACAGACGCACCGGGGAUUCCUGCCGCACUCACCUUCCCUCCUCAGGUGGGCGAGGCGCUGGCGGACUGCAGGAAGCAGCUGACGCGUGUGGUGGCGGUUCUGCAGGAAGUGGCGGCGGCGGGAGCUCAGAUGAUCGCGCCGCUGGCUGAGCCGGAGGGACUGACGGCACUGAAGAUCGAAGACGUGAUGUUUAAAGCAGUGGAUCAGGUGUAUGGCUCUCACGGACUCAAUGCAUACGAGUGUCUGCGUCAGUCCUGCGCCGCCCUCAUCGCCAGCAUGAACAAGAUGGCCACCGCCAUGCAGGAGGGAGAGUACGACGCCGAGAGGCCGCAGCGCCCGCGUCCGCCGGUGGAGAUCCGCGCCGCUGCCGUCAGAGCCGAGAUGACCGACGCCGAAGGUCUGGGAAACAAGCUGGAGGACCGAGAGACGGUCAUCAAAGAGCUGAAGAAAUCCCUCAAGAUCAAGGGAGAGGAGUUGAGCGAGGCCAGUGUCCGUCUGAGUUUACUGGAGAAGAAGCUGGACACGUCGACGAAAGACGCAGACGAGCGCGUGGAGAAGAUCCAGACCAAACUAGACGAGGCUCUGACUCUGCUGAAGAAGAAAGAGAAGGAGUUUGAGGAGACGAUGGACGCGCUGCAGGCUGACAUCGAUCAGCUGGAGGCAGAGAAGGCGGAGCUAAAGCAGAGGAUCAGCAACCAAUCACGAGCCGCCGAAGGAUUCCGUGGACCGCAAGUGUCUGGAAUUGCCUCGAUCGUCACGGCAACCACUGCUGGAGGAAUGGCGGCAGGCGUCUCCGGUGAGGUUCAGGUGGUGGACUCUCCUCUCCUCAAACAGCAGAUCGACGUGCAGCGGCUCGCCAUCAAGCAGCUGAAGAGUGAAAACUACAGACUGAAGGCUGAGAAGAUGCGAGCGCAGCUGUCGUCUCUGCCGCCGCUGCAGCCGGUGAUGAAGGAGGCUCCGGCCGGAUCUCUGUACCGCAGAACUGACCUGCUGCUCAACAACCUGCUGAAGAUGAGCGCCGGCCUGAGAGUCGUCGACAUCAGCGGGAAAAACACAGCGAGUGCGAGCGCUCAGCUGCUGGAGCAGACGGCCAGACUGAAGUCUCUGAGCGACGCACUGGACAAACUGAAGGGUGAAGUGUCGCAGCACGUUGUUUCGCAGCAGCCUGGAGCUCGUAUGCCGUCUGACUUCGCCACGUUCCCCUCCGCCUCUUUCGUCAAGGCCAAAGCGGAGCAGCAGAGCGGCUCGGUGCUGGUGGGGAAGGUGAUGAUUCCCUGCGCUCGCGGCGCGGAGCAGACACACUGCCUCGUCCUGUCGCAGCAGCAGCUUCAGCGCGUGCAUCGCCUGCUCAUGACGUAAACACGGCUCCUCCCACAACCCCACGCUCUCAGGAAACAUCUGGCGCCAAAGACAGCUGCUCGUCUUCUGAAAGCCAUUCAACGCCUAAACACAUCCAUCACGUUUCUCACACGGGAUCACACAGCAGUUUGUGUUUAACAUUACCACACAGUCUCAGAAUUUAAAAGAUAUAAAGCAGAAUAUUGCAAGAUAUAAACUCACAAUUCUGACUUUUCUGAAAGCCUAAAUUGCAAAAAAAAAAAAAAAAAAAGUUUAUUUUGUGGUAAAAAUAAAAAAUAAAAAACCAGAAUUGUGAGAUGUAAACUCAGGAUUGCGAAAAAAGUCAGAAUUCAAAGUAUUUUUUUCUCACAAAUUCUGAGUUUGUCUUGCAAUUCUAACUUUUUAAACUUUGAGUUUAUAUCUCAAGUUAGAUUUGUGACAAAAUCUUAGAAUUGGAAUAUACAAACUUGCGAUUUGAGAAAAAAGUCAGAUUUUUUUUCCAUGGUGGAAAUAAAAUCAGAAUUAUGAGAAAAAAAGUCAGAAUUUUCAGAUAGAAUUCUGAUUUGCAGUAGAUUGAGUUUAUAGAUCGCAAUUUUGACUUUCUCAUAAAUCUGAGUUUACCUUUUUGUGGUGUAAAUCAACAGAAUUGCGGGAUGUAAGCUCAGGAUUAUGAAAAAAACUCUUAUAAUGCAAUUCUGAAUUCCUUUUCCCAUAAAUGUACUUGUGUAAAUCUUGAAAUUCAGACUUUUUCUGGAAAUUUGGAGUAAUAAAAUGUCAGAAUUACAAGAUAUAAACUCACAAUUGUGUGAAAAAAAAAGUUGUGUUUGAAACAAAAAUUAGAAUUGUGAAAAAGCAAGUUAUAAUUCUGAGUUUGCAUCUCACAAUUUUGAAUUUUUAUCUCGCAUUUCUGAGAAUAAAGAAAAAAUAGCAAAACUCAGAGUUGCGUGAAAUAAAGUCUGAAUUUUGAGACAGUCAUAAAUGUUUUUUGUUUUAUUAUUGUUAUUUUGUGAUGGAAACAUGCUUCCUUGUGUUUCAGAGGAACUCAAAAGGAGAUGUUUUACAGUUCUGCUUUUGUUUUUCACUGAAAACAAUCACUUUCUUUUCUCUUAAGAGAGGGAGAUUUUCUCAAAGCUGAACCCGUGCGGUCAAACAGCUUUAACUUUUAAUUAGCUGAUCUUAGUUAAACGGUUCGCAGAUAUCUUUGCUUCCAAGCUUUGGUUUUGUAGUUCGUCUAAUUGUUUGGUUUCACAUUUCACAUGAGGAGGCAUCAAGGUUGGUUUUGUCAUUUUCUGAAUACACGUUUGGUGAAGGAGGUUAAAUGGCUAACUGUACUAACGCUGUAGAGAUGCUCACAUGAAAGGAAAGCACUAAGAGAUCAGUAGGUUUGCAGCAGUAACUCACUCAUAUAUUAGCGCUUAAUUAGAUUCAGAGGACCAAUCAAUCAAGAUCCACAUCGUUUGAACAACACUCGUGAUUCAUGAGUCUCUGUUUCCUGUAUUUAACACCUUUAGCAAACGUUUGUGACUCUUCUGAUCUUCAGUACAAUAUGAUCUCUGGUUGAUUUGCAUUUAUUCUCUUGGAGGGAUGGUUCAGUGUUUUAAUUGUUUAUGCAUUUGACACGUUUCUUAAUGGAAACAAUUACAAUAAAGAUGGAAAAAAAAAUA